UGGGCGCUGGGACGCGGCGGGUCCCUCCCCCGGAGCCGCCCAGGCGCCUCCCUCCCUGGGCCGCCGCGGUGAGUCACGACGGAGGAGGCGGCCGCUCUCGCUCGCCUUCGCUCUGCCGCGGCUCCGGAUCAGGCCCCCCGCUCCUGCUGUCGCCGCCGCCCGUCCCGCCGGGAUCCAGCCGCCCGUUCGCCUGCCCCGGGCGGUCUGGCCCCGCACCCAGGGCAUUUUCGUUCCCCUUUUUUUCCAGUUGUGAUCAUUAAUCAGGACUGAGCACUUGGGUUAUCUGAUCUUGUGUGGUUCGUUUUUUUUUAAAGCAGGAGUCCCAGGAGCUGGGAGGAGGGGAAUGAACCGUGAGGGCGUCCCCGGGAAGAGUCCGGAGGAGAUGUACAUCCAGCAGAAAGUGAGAGUUCUGCUCAUGCUUAGGAAGAUGGGAUCAAAUUUGACUGCCAGUGAAGAGGAAUUCUUGCGGACGUAUGCAGGUGUAGUGAAUAGCCAACUUAGCCAGCUUCCUCAGCACUCUAUUGAUCAGGGUGCUGAGGACGUGGUGAUGGCAUUUUCCAGAUCAGAGACGGAAGACAGAAGGCAGUAAUUAAAGAGUGUCUGAGCAACACAGAGCUGGAGAGGGCAAGGAGAUUCCUGAAGAUAGAGGAUGGCAGAGCAUUAACAAGUUCCUUUGCCCACCCCUAAUUUUCCAUGGCAGCCCUUGCCCUUUUCCUUUUAAUUUUGCUUCCCUUUGCCAACUCUCUGAACACAUCUGACAGCCAUCUGUUCCUAUACACUGUUGCUUCUCAUCUGGGCUGUGUUAUCAAGGACGAAGCUAGCGAUGCAUUUACAAUUGGUUCAAAGGGACAGACUCUGUUUAUGAUUGGCUAAAGGAAGACAACUUUUUAAACUUGACCAAUGGAAAUCUUUUAUUUUAGUUCUGAUUUUAUUUUAUAUUUUAAAAUAAGUCUCUUGACAUCCUUCUUCUAAAGAAGCUUUUCAAGCUCCGGUGCUUAUUUAGGUCAGAUUUGUGAAUUUGAACAGGGUUUGGCUGGCUGCAUAGAACUGGAAUUGAAUUGUGAUUGGCUGAUAAUGCUAAAGCUUUCUCUAGAUUGCUUGCAGGUAUUUUGCUGACAUCAACAUUUUCAUUGCAGAAAGUUGAUUUUUUGGUGCAUUGGUUUACUUUUCACUUAUUGAUCUGAGGGGAAAAAAGACAAAUGUUCUUUGCAAUAUUUAUUACACACCUAACACACGCACACACUUUGCUUUUUUUUUUUGAUUGGCUUAAGAACUGUUUUUAAUUUCCUAUUAGCUCCAAAGUCUCCCAUGCAAUCAAUUUUUCCAUACUUAUCUGCUCUAUGGCCUCUGGCACUCUUGGGAGCAUGUGUCAAAAACAUACUUACUUUAAUAAGUCUACCUGUUGCAGCUGGAAUGUGGAGAUCUGCAGCCCUCUGCUUUGCUAUGGGCUGUAUCAAUGAAUUGCUAAAAAAAACUUGGCAUUUGGGUUGCUUUUCUCUUUGCUUCUUACAGAGGAGCUGUAGAUUUGCAGGAAUUGGAAAAAGAUAAGAUCUGUGGCUGUGACAUUAAAUUCCCAAAUCUGAAUAGCAUAUGAAUGAAUUGUGUAAAAUAGUACAUACAGCUCCACUUUAACCCUUUAAUUGCUGCACAGGAUUUAGCUCUCAGAUAGGGGAACAUUACCACCCAUGAUCUUAUAUCCAUGUUGCACUGGAAUACAAUAAACAAAGUUUCUUAUCACCUGCAGUAUUAUGUGCAGUAUGGCUCUAGUAUCUGCAACAAUUCAAUGAGAUGGAAGUCAUCUGUCUCCAGGAUUAAUCAGUUUUUCUGUGGCCAUUGCUGUAUUGGUGGCAGUGGGAAUGCACUAAACUGCCCAAACAUGAGUGUACAUGUGACAUGCGCAGAUUCACAGAGCUGGGAGAAGAAGUAGGGCCUUCAUCUGCAGUGAAAUUUUAAAACCAUGCACUCACUCUUCAGGAAUCUGCACAGUGAAUAUUAAAAUCCUGAGGUACCUUGUGCUGCUGCCUAAAACCAAGCACUUCAUUCUCUAUUAUGUGCAGUGAAUUUUUACAAUACUUCUAGACUCUGUUGUGGGUUGCACUGAUUUAAGAUAUUUCAAACCGUAUUUAAAUAGAAAUCCGUUCACCUGUACCUAGUUUGUUUCAUGCGAUUGUUAAUUAUUUGGAGUAACAGCUCAGGAUCCUGGCUGUGACUACUUGACUGUUCUCAUGACAUGCAAUUAUGAUGAUACAGAUGUUAUUAAAAUCUCAAAAGUGAACAAACAGAAGAAACCAUUGGAAUAUGUGUGGGAGAGAGAAGUGGGGACUUUAUCUUGAACAAAUAACCAUUGUGUAAAUGGGAACAACUGUAAUUCUAUCUAUGAAAAAGAUCCUUUUGAUUCAAUUGCAUCUUUGUAAAGUUUCAAUGUGAAAAUUAAUCUCUUACCUCAGUUUAUUGAGGCUGGAUAAGAUUUCCCUGUAUUAAAAUGAAACCAUCAAGGAGCCCAAUUGGUUCUUGUGAUUUGAACUAAGAGGCACUUUGAUUUUAACUUUGGUGCAAAGGGGGCAGCCCUUAAAGGGUUAAUUUAAGGUGAUAUGUAUUUUCAGCCACUGGCUGGAAUGAGGGGGCUGGAUUGUAGUGGCCUGUCAUUGUCAAAGCUAACAUGCAUACUCCAUGUGUAUCUAUGGCAUUUCUGAGCUGUUACAUCUUUUUAAGAAAAGUGAAGUGUUUCUGUGGUUUAAUCUUUUGACUAAAAAUGUAACUGUUGGGGGGAAAAUACAGUUUUUAAUAGCUA